AUGUCAUUUCUCCAAGGAAUAUUUACGGUCCUCCUUGGAGCCGCUGUAUAUUUCGUUGUUAUUCGCCGUUCAGGCAAGAGAGAGAAAGGGAUCAAUUGGCUGGGUUUGAGUGUCGUGGUCAUAAUGUAUAUGAUCUCGACCACCCACUAUGUCAUGGUCGUAUAUCAAGACUUGACCGAAUUCGGCGGGAAAGUGGACCCGGCAACGCGAGACGUCAAAGCAUUCGCAAGGUUCGGGCUUGCGCAGAUUGCGAUCGAAUUCCUGAAUUGUAUCAUGGCCGACACGCUAUUAGUGUGGCGGGCUUGGGUUAUAUAUAACCGGGAUUGGCGGGUAACAGUAUUACCCAUUGCACUGGUCUCGGGCGUCAUCAUGACGUUCUACGGUUAUAUUGGAUCAAGCUAUGCCGGUCUCAAUGAUUUGAAGGGAAACGAUCUUCAGGAGGUGUUCUCUCAAGCCCAGAAACACCCUAUUAGGACGUGGCAAGUCACAGGGAUAUCAUUCUCGACCACCACAAAUGUAUUCCUGACGUCCAUGAUGGCGAUCAAACUAAUCAUGCAUCACCGUACCAUGAAACGGGUUCAUGGGUUUUCUACCCUUAUUUUCGAAUCCCUGGUGAUCAUCGAAUCUGGUGCACUGUACACGUUCGCAUGGAUUGCCUACCUAGUAUUGUUUGCUUUAGGCCAUAACGCCGUAUCAAUCGCGCUGGAUACCAUUUCUCAGAUGGCUGGUAUCGUGCCAGCAUUGAUCAUUGUAACCAUUUCCGCCGGGCUAAGUCCCGUGUCCCCACCCUCAGGAAAACGGUCGACAUUCGCCGCAGCAAGAGGCGCGGGAACUAGCGCGACAGACAUAGCCUUCACUACACACGUAUCACUCAACGUCGCGCGCGAGACCCAUCAAGAUUCGAUAAUCGGCGACCCGAACCACAAAGAUCCAGAGGCUGUAUCACCCUCAUCAUAA